AUGCCAUUGCAAUGGUUCCAUUACGUAAUCGGAUUUUCUUUUUCUUCGCUUACAAGCGAGGCAGAAGAUGACGAAGAGAAGUGCGAUUAUCACAGCAACGAAGAGGAAUUAGCUUGUUGUGUAGGAGGAUUUUGCGAGGCAGCCACAGGGGGUGGGUUUGACGUCGGAGAUGGGGGCGUUUGGGUGGGAGGAGAUGGCGGGGGAGUGACUGUGGAAACUGGUGGAGGAGGGGAUUCGGAAUUUGAUGUUGCGGGAGGCGAAGGGGGAGGGGAUGAGGGCGGUGGAGGGGAAGAAGUUGGUGGGGGCGGAGGAGGUGAGGUUGGCGGGGGAGGGGUGCCUGCUGGGGGCGGGGGCGAUGAUGAUGGAGAGGACGGGGGCGGAGUUGAUGAUGGAGAGGGCGGAGGAGGCGUUGAUGCGGGAGGAGAGGGCAGAGGCGGUGUUGGUUCUGAUGGAGGCGGUGUUGAAGGAGGAGAGGGAGGAGAGACUGUUGAAGUUAAAGAUGAAGAUGUUGAGGGAUUAGCCUCAAAUAAUGACGGUGACGACAUAAUGAUAUGUAACUAA